GUUUAUGUGGUUGUUGUGCGAGGUGCGCUCAGGUGCGUCUGUCCACAAAUAAAACGGUGUUAUUAAACUAUCAACAUCAAAAGUCAAAAACAAUAAAAACGUCAACUUAUUUCACUUACACUUUACAACAGCUAUGGAUUUUUUUUCUGUAAUUUUCAUCUUCAUCAAGAAAAAUGUCUUCUGAGAGUUCAGAAGAUGAAGAUUUGAAUUUUCUCAGAGAAGCCCAAGAUAGUCAAUUUUUAAAUGAUUCUAUGUUCAGUGGUAAAUCAGAAAAUACAACCACCAAGAAAUUAAAUAUACCAAAAACUUUGAGGAGAUCCGCAGAUGAUGAUGAGCACCAGCAUCACCACCACAAUCCAUUUAAGGUAACACCUGAGUUCCGCAAGUUCAUAGCUAAACGUCUUUCUUCUCUUCUGGAAGUUGAACUUGAGAAACAUUUGGAUCACAAUCAUCCAUCUGAGGUUAUUUCCAAAAAGAAACGAUUGAAUGGAGGUAUCAAGCUGUUUGCAAAUUCAGGAAAAUUUUUGAAGUUGGAUGAUGAGUAUGAAAAAGUGGAGAACAAGUCAAGAUUUCAUAAAAUUUCUAAACCAGUACUAUUUUCUGGAGGAAGAACUGAAGUCAACAUAGACUUAUUGAAGGAAGUUACUGUGCAAAGUGAAGAUAUUUUAUCUAAAAAAGAGACUAAAUAUUGGUCAAAUAGAAGUAAAUCUAAAGUCUUUGAAUAUAGGAAAAAUAUUAAGGGAACUUUAGAGUUGGUAGAACCAGUGUUUCAGUAAGUGUGAAAAAUAUUCUGAUAUAAGAUGUCACAUAUGCCUCCAUUUCGUUUAAAUGUGCCCAUGGGUGCUGAUUUACCUCCAGCACCUACAAACCCAAAAAAACGAAGAAAGAAUGCACAAGCUCCCAUACAACCAUCUCCUAGUGUUCAAGAUUUAUUGCCUCCUCCUUUAUCUGGCUAUGGAGAUACUAUUGUAGCAUCUAACCCAUUUGAUGAUUGCCCCAGCAGUGUCAAUAUGGUCAACUCUAUUGGUCGAAACCAUGGCAAUCCUAUGGGAAUGGCAGAUUUUCGUCUAGGACCUGGUCCGAAUAUGGUGAUGGGUAAUAAUAUGAUGUACCGAUCGAUGUGUCCUAAUCCACCGAUGGGAAUGGGCUCACCGAUGAUGCAUAGUCCAAAUGCCCAUCAAAUGAACAACCCCAUGAUGAUGAACGGCCCCAGAAUGAACCACAUGGGUCCUGGACACGGACCGCCCCAUAUGAUGUCCAGUCCAAAUGGCCCUGGACCAGGUGGUCCGAUGGGUCCUAAUAUGAACAUUACAGGCCCUCCGAUGCACAGUCCCAUCGGCAACAUGGGCCCGAUGGGCGGCCAGGGUCCCGGCAGCGGCCCGCCGAUGGGCAGUCCGAUGGGCGGGCCGAUGAACGGCGGCGGCAUGAGCAACCCCAUGAACGGGCCGAACAUGGGCGGGCCGCAGGGUCAGCACGGACCGCACGGCCCGCACGGUCCGCACGGCCCGCCGCACGGGGGUGGCGGCGGGCCGGGAAACAUGUCCAUGUCCGCGCAGAAUGGGCCUCCUCACGGACCACCAAUGAAUAACAACAACUUCAUCAUGUCGCCGAUGAAUAAUAUGUAUUCCAAACCGAUGCCAGUGUCCGCAGGAAAAAUAUAUCCUGUCGAUCAACCUAUGGUAUUCAAUUCACAAAAUCCUAAUGCUCCGCCAAUAUACCCGUGUGGAGUGUGCCAUAAAGAAGUCCAUGAUAAUGACCAGGCCAUCUUGUGUGAAAGUGGGUGCAAUUUUUGGUUUCACAGAGGUUGCACUGGAUUGACGGAAGCAGCUUUUCAACUUUUGACUGCAGAAGUUUAUGCUGAGUGGGUGUGUGAUAAGUGUUUACAGUCGAAGAAUAUUCCUUUAGUGAAGUUCAAACCUUAGUAUUCCUUUAUUGGUAGAAGUGUUUGAGGGAUUGAUGUCGCUCUGAUUUGCAAUCAUUUAUAUUUAUUUGAGUUUAUCUUCAUAAAGUACGUUUAUAAAGUAGGUAUGAUAAUUUAUUAUUAAAUGCACUUCGCAAGUUUUUGCC